ACCUUCUUGAAUCCCGUCUGCAAUUGGCGUACGACGAAUCACUUGCUCCAACUAUCGGAGAUCUGAAGGCAUCAUCGAAAAUUGGAGGAUACCAUCACCUAACUUUGCCGGACGCGCACCUGAACCGGACUGAACUGUCUGCUGCCUGGCUACACUAUUGUUGCUAUUUUUUAAAGGCCUCCCGGGUUGAGGUAGGGAAAAGGAGGUUAGCAUGAAGAGCACGGAAGGCACAGAACCUCCACACAAACGUUCGCGUACAAGCGAAGAUGCGGACGAUGCAGCUGUUGCCUCUGGAGGCAAGAAGGCUCGAGGAAGACCGCGAGUGGACACCCAGGAUGCUACUGCUGCAGACCGUCGAAGAACACAGAUUCGUCUUGCCCAACGCGCAUACCGGCAGCGUAAAGAAACAACAAUAUCUUCACUCAAGCAGCAGAGCUCUCAACUACACAAUACUAUUGAUGAGAUGAACAAGGCGUUUCUACGCCUCAACAAUUCGAUCGUGCAAUCAGGAGUGUUGCAAUUGAACCCUGGGCUCGCAAGAGAGCUCCAGCAGAUGACCGAGAUGUUCGCCAACUGUGUCAAGUCAGCCAACGAACGAACAGUGGACAGCGAUGAAGAUGAGCCUGGGGAGGCCGCCCCAAUGCAAAAGAAGGAAGAAGCCCCUGCACCAUCAAAAAUGGUGCAGGCUCAAUCAUCGCAAACGAUCACGCCUCUUGAGAACGAGCAACCCUGGGGCUAUGCGGUAAUAACCCAAGCCACUGAGCAAACCCGUUCACAGAGUGACAUUCCGCAAGCCCAGAGCUAUCUGUCACAUAUCUCGAGCUCAUCAUAUAAACUACCGGAGCCGAACAAUGAAUCUAGCCUGGCCCGUCGAUACCAAUUUACUGUCGGCGAAGUACUGGAUCAGUCGAGGUCAAGGAGUGGAUCGUACCAGCCGCGGGCAACGGACGACCAAACUCAGCAAGAACAGCAACAAGAGCAACAGCUACUCCCCUUUGGCCUUGUUGACCUCCCCAAUCGCGAGCAGUCACCUUUCGUACCUCCAUAUAUCUUCCCCGUCAACUUUCCCGCAAUGGGUGCAGAACUUCCACCAGCACCACGCCAGUCGCCCAAGACAGUCACAUAUCCGUUGCCUUCAUCGUUAACCACGAAGACACUAUCGCCGGGCUACACAUACUCAUACGAAGAAGUCACAUUCGCACGACGGCUGAUGCGAGCGACAUUGGAAUUUGGUUUCCUUCUGCUCUGCAAUCCCGACGUACAUCCUGCGAUCUUGAGCUAUAUCUUCAAGCUAUCUCUACCGUACGUUACGUUGGAAGAGAUUCGUACUCGUUUCAAGGUGAUUCUUUCGCGAGAUGUCACCGAGGAUCUGGACUGGUACGCCACACCUUUUCUUCAUUUAGGCGGUGCCGGAACACACUAUCAACGACGUGACGCUCAUGGCAAACCUAUACCAAUGAAGAACAACUGGACGAUACGACAGAUCGGGCCCUUGGAAAGACGCAUGGUUAGGAUGGAGAGUGUUGCAAAUGGACAGAUCCAAGAUUUCGAGAGCUUAGAUCUCAAUGGAUUUGAAGGGGAAUGGUUCGACGCAUACGAUGUACAGGGCUACCUCGAAGAACAGUGGCAUUGUAGGAUUGACCCGAAGAGCUCUUUCGCAGAGUGCUUAGUCGAGGACGAGAACGCGGCAAUUUUGGACGAGACCGAGAGCCCAAGUCUGAGUCGUGAUUCGACAUCCAGUACUUCAGACACCACCAUGCCCCCCGUACCGCAUACUUUCAACGCCCUCGAACCUUCAUAUGGCCUCGACAUGCCCUUAAACAACGCUCCGACACCCAACUUUCUUCUAUCGCCGCCUAAGCAAAGCCUGUUAAACCUGUCAUUCAACCAGACAUUGGGUCUAGAUCUAGCGCCUGGGUUUGACCUGGGCUUCGCCGGAAACAGUGGAUACAGCACGCUUGGCCUGAAUAUGACGGGUGAGACUGAGCAGCUUCCGGUGAUGAAGCAGAAGCCGAAGAAGGUUGCGUGGGUGGACGUCCAUAAACUCAUUGAAAACAUCAUUAAGCAAGCAGUUUGCCUCGGUCGAGCGCCGGGGUACAGGCGGAAAGAUAUCGAUGUGGCGUUCAGGGAAGCUCUCAUACCUGCGUAUUGAGAGCACAGAGACAGUAGCAUGCACGGGAAAAAGUCGAUGUCGCAAAGUGGGAGAGGCCACACGAUACUGGAAGAAAGGAGCUGGAGUUUGGUGUUCACGGAAAAGAUGAUUGGACAUGACAGGGUCCGCUCAACUCAUUGCACUGUAUACGAUAUAACGGCCAGAUGUACUAAUAGACGAUGGAAAAGCUAUGCAAAGCUACCAUCAAGAGCACUCACAAACUCAGUGUUGCUGCCGCAGCUCUUUGUUCAGGCAAACAGGGUGGCGCCAAGCCGCGCUAAUCGCUAACGGCCGCUCGUAGGGAGUGAUCUUCU